GUAUUUUCUAGCUACUGAUGAAUGCCUAACACUCCUAUUGGUGCUUCAGAAAUAUAGGCAAGAGAGUUAGACUUUCAACUAAGUCCAAGUCGUUUAGGUAGAUCACCUGGAAAUUGAAACCAAAGAGGCUCUAUGUGAAAUUCUGAAGAAGAGAAAAAACAUGGGAUUUUUGGCAAAGUUUAAGUCCUCCAGCUGGGCUUAUCCCACUGCAGUCCUGUCACUAUAUGGGUUUUUUGCCAACUGCAGAGUAGCCGAGCCCUUCCUUACACCAUACCUGAUUGGACCAAACAAGAACAUCUCUGGAGAAGUGGUCACAAACUACCUGUUCCCUAUCUGGACGUACUCCUACCUUGCCUUCCUUUUCCCCGUCUUCCUCCUGACUGACUUCCUGAGGCAUAAGCCCCUCAUUAUGGUUCAAGGGUUCUUUCUAGUCACCAACUACGUCCUGCUCUGCUUUGCCCCGGGUCUGCCUGCUAUGAUCUUCCUUCAGGUCAACUAUGCUGUAGUGACUUCCACAGAAGUGGCCUACUUUUCCUAUAUUUACAGUGUGAUUCCAGUUGAAAAUUACCAAAGAGCCACUGGAUACCUGCGCAGUGCCAUGCUGGCUGGAUAUACAAUCGGGGCCAGCCUGGGACAAAUGCUCAUAUCCCUAGCAGAAGUGGACUACUUCUACAUCAAUGCCAUCACUCUGGGGAUUGUAAGCGUGGCUUUUCUCGUCUCCUUCUGGUUGCCCAUGCCGCAGAGGAGCCUGUUCUUCAAAGGGAAAAAGGAUGCAGCUGAGGGCUCGCAGUCCCAGCGGGAGGGGCAGCUGGGAGCCUACAGGCCUGAGGAACCAGUGACGGAUGUGGAUGAAGUUGGCUUGGGGAAAGAGAAGAUGGAGCAUAAUGGCAGCGCUGGCUGGUGUAGCAGGGAAAAUGUGGCCACUGCAGGCCAUCUACUUUGGCAGAGCUUCAGGGAGUCUUAUUCUUCCAGGCAUUGUCUUUUUCUGCACUUAAUCUACUGGUCCCUGUGGUGGGCUCUGGCCACAUCAGGUUACGUGCAGAUUUUCAACUACAUCCAGCUUAUGUGGAACCAUAUAGAACCCUCUACUACAUCAUCAGUGUACAACGGGGGCGUGGAGGCGGUUUGCUCUCUUGUGGGGGCUGCAGCUGCCUUCUCCGUGGGACACAUCAAAGUACCAUGGGCUGUGUGGGGAGAGCUGGCGUUGGGAUUGUUCUCAGCCAUAGGGACGUGUGCUGUGUUUCUGAUGGCCCUCACCAGCAGCAUCUGGGCAUCCUAUGGUGGUUAUGUCAUAUUCAAGUCCUGCUACAUGCUUCUCAUUACCAUCACAACAUUUCAGAUUGCCUCCAACCUCUCCAUGGAGUGCUACGCUUUGACAUUCGGGAUCAACACCUUUGUAGCCCUGUCGCUGCAAACCAUCAUUACAGGCAUAUUUGUGGAUGAAGCUGCACUGGGACUCGAUAUUGUGACACAGUUCAUCAUCUACGGCAGUUACUAUGCUGCUAUCUCGGUCCUCUUUCUGAUUCGAGGGACCUACACGGCCUGUGUAAGUCGAUGCGGUCCUGACCUCUCUGAAACCAAGGAGCUAGAGUCCAAUGUGGAGGUGAUCUCUGCUGAACGUCUCUGAACAAAGUCAACUAACUAAAUGAACAGCUGAUGGUUCCUUUUGUCUAUGGAGAAUAAAAUAAUCCUACAUCAACA